AUGUCGCCAAUUGAUCAUCACACUGGGGACAGGAUUGACUGGAUGGAUGGACUGGAUGGAUGGACUGGACUGGACUGGGCUGCACUGAUGAACUUGCUUGGACCCUCUUGUAUUUUGAUUGUGCCAGGCAGAAGGGAGUACGGAGUACAAAAGCAAAAGAUCCUGUUCAAAGGAAUCGAGCGCCGGGACGGAACGGUCUGCUUGGAUCGAUGCACAUGA